AUGGCAUAUCAACGGAACGAUCCCUCCCGUAGUUAUACCAAUAUACCUGAGCUCACAUCAUCUCAGAUAUUCACACCUCCUCUACCACCACAGGCACAUCAAUACGGUGGUUAUCAAAGCCCCCAAUCCCCCACAACCACAAUACGGACAAAGACCCCACCGGCGCCGAUACGGACAAAUAUACCUUACGGAUCAGGUUUUCCGUUACAAUUCGCAGCUCCUCCCCGGACACCAACACACGCGCCACAGGCAACCUCAACAUUUAUUCCUUCUGCAAAUACUAUCGAUUACGCACAGGCUGGGUUUGCCGCUCCUCCACUAACACCACUCCGUUCUGCACCUUCGGCACACUCUCUGCAUUCGCUAGCUUCGAAGAGUAACGAUAAUUUAUAUUAUCAUUAUUACCAACCAGAACCUAUCCCACCGGUUCCUCAGAUCCAGGAUAUCCACGUCUUCAACCCAUCCGCAAAGGAUAAUUCGCUGUACGCCUAUAACACAGAAGUAAACUCUGAAGUCGCCCGUAGAAAACGAAAAGAAGCAAUGUCUGGAUACGCGCAAGAUCCAUCUCAACCACAGCAGCAGGGAAUCCCGUUGCAGAACGUGGCGCCCGGUGGCCCUGAAUAUGGACAAACCAUGACUUUCGAUCCCCCACCGACCCAACCGUUAGAUCGUGCGCCGGAACAACCGCAGCCAAUGGAAUACCAACCACCAGCACAAUUUGACAAUGGCGCGAGCCAACCACAUGCGCCGGGACAAAUCGCGCAUCCAAACCAGAUUUUUGGUGCUCAGGAGUACAAGUAUGGGUUCUGCAGCUGUUUUGGCGACAUUGGUUCUUGUUGUCUCGGAUGCUGGUGUCCAUGCAUGCUCUACUCCAAGACGCAUCACAGAUUAAAGACCGUCCCAGACUCCAACCUUGAUGCAUACGGCUCCUGUAACGGUCACUGCGUCCUAUUCUGUGCUUUGGCCCCUGUCAGCUGGGUAUUCACUAUGCUCCAGAGAACCCGAAUCAGGGAGCUUUACCAAAUCAAGGGAUCUCCAAUCGGAGACUGCGCAAAGUCGUACUAUUGUCCCGUCUGCACGCUCGUUCAAGAUGAAAGAGAAAUCAAGGAACGAGAGGAUGAGAAGAGACGGUGCGCUGGCCCCGGAAGCGGAGUCGUCGGCGAGCAAGGUUACAAGAAGCCAGAGAAGAUGGCGUAUCAGAGGAGCUCUGUUAUCGGUUGA